CGUCGUUUACGGUUCUCUCCUUGCCCGAAAUGGCACAUCAAAGUUGGUUCUGGGUUGUGGCAUCUUUUUCGUUUCUAAUUUGGAGUGAAGCAGUCGGGGGAGAGUUCUACUCAUCGGUGGAUAGGAUGCAGGAUCUGGCGCAGGUGGAACAGGAGUUACUGAAUGCCACGCGUUUGUAUUUGGAGCAGCAGCAGCAGCAACUUGAGCUAUACAUCAGAUAUGUGGAGCAAAUCAAGGAGGAGCAUGAGUGGGCCAUGGAGCAGGCUCACCUGGAUGAGUAUCUGGGUCAUCCUUUGCACGCCUUUAGGUUGAUCAAGCGACUGGUCCAGGACUGGGAUGCAGUGGUCUUUGAACCCAUAGUCGCCAAUGAGCCCAAAGAAGAGUUCCGUCAAUUUCUGGAGGCCGUAACCACUGACCUGGGCUAUCCGAAUCACUUGGAGCUCCAGGGCGCAGUCAAGGGCUUGGCCAGAUUGCAAAAUGUUUACAAUCUCUCCACCUCCCACUUGGCUGAGGGCGAGAUCGGUGGCUAUAUAUACGAUUCCGUGUUGGAGUGGCGAGAAUGCUAUGAGAUUGGAGUCCAACUCUUUGAUCUUGGCGACUAUAGACGCUCUCUGGAGUGGCUGCAGGAGGCCUUUACCCUCCUCAGAAGAAAUCCGGAAGAAGAUGAGGAACAGCACGCUCGUUAUAUGUCAGACAUUCGAGAGUACGCCGCGUUGGCUAACUUUGAAACACUUAAGUAUCUGGAGAACAGAGAACCGGGAAAGAAUCUCAAGGAGAAGACCCACUCCUGGUCUGCCAACUACACAAGACUGUGUCAGGGCAGAAGGUUGUCCGAGGAGAGCACUGGUCACCCAUUAAAGUGUUUCCUAGAUGGAAAAAGACACGCCUACUACACCUUGGCACCCCUGCAAGUGGAGCCAGUGCAUCUGGAUCCGGAUAUCAAUGUCUAUCACGGAAUGCUUAACUCCGAACAGAUUCUAUCGAUCUUCGAGGAGGCAGACAAGCUGGAGAUGAUUAGAUCCGCUGUGGCCGGAACUGAGGGAGCACGUACCGUAAAGGAUCUCCGGGUGAGUCAGCAGACGUGGCUGAACUACACCAGUCCGGUGAUGGGCUCCAUCAGCCGAAUCAUUCAAUUCGUUUCGGGUCUGGACAUUGCCGGAGCGGAGUGGAUGCAGGUGGCCAACUAUGGAGUUGGUGGGCAAUACGAGCCUCAUCCGGAUUACUUUGAGGUCAAUCUGCCCAAGGACUUCCUAGGAGAUCGCAUCUCCACCAGCAUGUUUUACCUCUCAGAUGUGGAACAAGGAGGCUAUACUGUGUUUACCAAGCUGAAUUUGUUCCUGCCGCCUGUCAAGGGAGCCCUGGUCAUGUGGCACAACCUGCAUCGCUCCCUGGACGUGGAUGUGCGCACCUUGCAUGCCGGCUGCCCAGUCAUUGUGGGCUCCAAGAGGAUUGGCAAUAUCUGGAUGCACUCCGGUUACCAGGAGUUCCGGCGGCCCUGUAACCUCACCUCCGAUAGCUACAAAUCCCUGGCCUACCGGGAUUCAGUUUGA